AUGGCUUGUGUUCUCCUGCCACAUCUCGUCGAAAUGAAACCUUACAAGAAGUCCGAGAAACUGCCACUAAAUUUUGCGGAGGAUGGAUCAUGGAACAUCAAAUUUGGAGGACUGACUGUUGGCAGUAACGAGAAGGGAGUGGUGAAGCUGGGGUCUGGUCUGUGUGUCACAAACUUCGAUCUGUCGAAACCGACUGCUGAGGAGUUGUCUGCGAAGAAGGGAACUCGACAGGUGGACAUUGCCUGCAAACGUCCUGAUGUGAAGAAGAUUGUAACUUUAAAUUCUACGAAUGCAAACAAAACUGGUGAGAAGCCUCCUGUAAAGACGGAAGUCAAGAAAAACAAGAAUGUGGUGAACGUAACCCAAGGGAAGGCUGUCAAAAAGGUGGAAGAAGAGAAGACUGUCAAAAAGGUCCAAUUAAAGGAGGAUGAAAAGAAGGUGAAGGAAAUCAAAGAUGAGAAGAAGACGAAAGAAGAGAAGGACGUGAAGAAGCUGAAAGAAGAGACAGAUGUCAAGAAAGUGAAAGAAGAGAAAGGCGAGAAUAAGGUGAAAGAAAUCAAGGAUGAGAAGAAGACGAAAGAAGAAAAGGAAGUGAAGAAUGUCAAAGUAGAUAAACCAGUGAAGGUGGAAGAGAAGAAAGAUGUGAAGAAGGCGAAAGAAGAGACUGUUGUGAAGAAGAUUACAGAAGAGAAGACUAUCAAGAAGGUGAAUUUAGAGGAGAAUGCAAAGAAGGCCGAAGAAGUAAAGGGUGUGAAGAAAACAAAAGAAGUGAAGGAGACGAAGAACGUAGAAAAAGAGGAGGAUGAAAAGGAUGCAGAAGAAGAGGAGAAUGAGAAGGACGAAGAAGAUGAGGAAGAGGAAGAGGAAGAAGAGGAUGAAGAUGACGAUGAUGAUGACGAGGAUGAUGAAGACGAAAAGGAAGGGGACGAUUAG